CAUCCAGAGGGUUUGGCAUUGAUUACCUGUACUGUGCUAGGUGUAAUGCCUACUUGGCCUACAUACAUAGGUGUCGCAUGCUGAAUAUGUACUUUGGUUUAUGCCUUUUUGAAGCAGCCUUUCUAUUAUCUCUAAUGCCUUUAUCAAAGAAGGUUUUCAUUUCCCUCUGUUCCCCCUUCUUCUAUUUCUAUGGCUCUUCGAAUGCGACUGUGGCUUGUUUCAGAAUCAGUAGAGAUGACAGCUCCCGUCCAUGACAAAGCCCCCUCUCUCAAGAGCACAACUUAAGAUUGAAGGCCAUCCGCAGAUGUUCCCGCACAAAGAGAACAGGC